ACCCAGAAAACAAAUUAACCAUAUUAUUAUUAUUAUUUUAGAGGACCGAAUUAUUUUGAGCCAUGAGGAAAUGAUGUUACGUAGAUUGAAAAGGGAAACGAUGAGAUGCCAUUGUCUGCUCACCAAUUUCCUUGCCACCAAUAGAUUCUCCACUCACCCUCCCCUUCCUCCUUCAUCUUUCUCCUCCUUCUGGUGCCCUUCUUCUCCAGCGGGCUUUUGGGGUUGGCGAUCGAGUUCUGCAACUCUUGGUGUUGGCUUCUGUUGGAGGUCUGCACAAGUGAGAGGAAUGACGGGUAAGGUCGCUUCGUCUCUGGAGAGCUUGAAUAAUCCGGACUCCGUGUCUUAUCUGACACAGAAGGAGGCGGCUGAGGUCGAUGAGAUCCUUAUGGGUCCUCUUGGGUUUAGCGUCGACCAAUUAAUGGAAUUGGCUGGUUUGGGUGUUGCAACAUCCAUAGCUGAGGUUUACGGACCAAAUGAAUAUGGUCGUGUGCUUGCUAUUUGCGGUCCGGGAAAUAAUGGUGGUGAUGGCCUGGUUGCUGCUCGUCAUCUGCAUCACUUUGGAUAUAAACCAUAUGUUUGUUAUCCAAAACGUACUCCCAAGGCUCUUUAUAGUGGUCUGGUUACUCAGCUCGAAUCACUGUCAAUCCCUUUCUUGUCAAUGGAAGACCUACCUAUUGACUUGUCAAAUGACUUUGACAUAAUAGUAGAUGCACUGUUUGGGUUCUCGUUCCUCGGUAAUAAAUCAUUUCUUUUGUGUCUUAACUUGUAACAUGUAUAGAACACAAUGCAGCAUAAUGUCAUUGAUAGCAUUGAAGGUUGAUUAUGAAAUCCAGAAUAAUAGUUUUCCAAAUUCCAA